AUGAACCAUAUACAGAAAGGAGCCCUAGUGGUCAUUUUCCCCGGGUUCAACAUCCUCGAUGUGAGCGGUCCAGUCUCAGUACUCUACAACUCAGAUUUCUCCGUGACCUUUGCCGCGAAAGAUGAGCUCACAGUCUCUCAAGAGAACACGACAGUCCAGAGAAAUAUAUCUUUUGCCGAGGCCAAACCUCGUUUGUCAGACUGGGAAAUAUUGAUUGUCCCUGGCUCACGACCGAACAAUAUUCUACCCCUCGUGCAACCCGAGGAUGGCCCACGGGCAGAGAUCGUCGAAUUCAUCGCUAGUUUUGCCUCGGAUGUGAACCACGAGAGCAUACGGCAACGCACCAUCUUGUCCGUCUCGCUCGGGGCCUACUUUUUGGCUUCCGGGGGAGUCCUUGAUGGUCUCAUUGCAACCACACACCGUCUUGCCGUCCCGGGGCUCCGAACGGUAGUCGAACGUUAUGUGGAGCAGACUCCCGGAGCGAAACGGACUCGCGUCGUCCCUGAAAACUCCUCAGAUUCAGUGCCCUAUCUGGAUGGGGGACGGAACCAGGUUGGGGUAAAAGUGAUUACUACGGGCGCUAGUGUCUAUGGUCUUGAUGCUGCACUGUACUUUGUCAGCCUUGCCUCAAGUCGGGCACUUGCUAUUGAAGUCGCAGAGCUCCUUGGACAUCCGUGGAAGGAGAUAUAA